AUGCCGAGCGACCUGCUGCCGACGCUGGAGCGGCAGCUGCUCGAGCUCGAGUGCCUGCGUUCGAUGUACCCGUUCGAGUGCUCAGUCGACGCGGCGGCCGAGUCACAGGCGCGAGCGUUCGUGGACGGUGCCUUGCCUCUCGACACAAGCCGGAGCCUGCUCUCUGUCGCAGUGAGCGUCGCCGUCGGUGAGUGCGGCGAGGUGGCAACGCUCCACUGCACGCUUCCGACCGUCUACCCGGAGACGGAGCCGCCUGCUCUCGAACUCUCCUGCGCCGGUCUCACACCCGCAGCACACGCCGCUGUCUCGGCCGCUCUCUGCCAUGCGGCAAACGAGGCAGUGGCGGAUGGGCGCGAGGCGCUCUCGGACCUGUGCCUCAUACGUGGCGGCUUUGGCGUGCGGCUCAUCUGGUUCCACCACAUCAAGAGCCUGACAAAGCGGAAGGCCAUCGUGGCCAGCGCGCGCGAGCUGCGGCUGGCCGGAUUCUGCAAGCCCGGCUUCCCGGGCCUGGUCUGCUGCGAGGGAGACGAGGAGGCGUGUGCAAGCUUCGUGGCGGCGAUCCGGGCGCUGCGGUGGCAGGCGGCCGAGCCCUAA